CGAUCGCUCAAAUGUUUGACACGAUUAUUGCAAUGCACAAAUACUGCAAGUACAUGUAAUUUUAAUAUAGCAAUUGCACGCAUUAGCUAUCCUUGCGCGGGUCGGGCAACCAUGGCUUGCGAUGGUUGCGCGGCGCCGUCGGCUGCUCGCAUCAUUCACUCGGCAAUCUUAGAUUACAGUGCCGACUGCGCCGAGUUCUGCCCGGUGCCGGGAUUGAACCGGCUGCUGGCGCUCGGCACGUACCAGCUGCUCGAGGCGGAGCAGCGGCGAGUGGGCAGGUGUUACCUGUACGCCCUUCCACAACGGGGACAUGCUUCGCUGCAGCCUGGGCUGCUGCCGGCAGCUGCAGCAGAAACAGCAUCGGGAGCGGCAGCGUGCCGGGCAAACGCCGCUGACAGCGAGGGGGCGGCGGCGGCCUCGGCGGCCUUGGCAGGCGGCGCCGGGUGUGUGCCGGUGGCGGGACCGGCAGCGACCCUGGACAUGCCUGGCGUCUUUGACAUCAAGUGGGCGCCUGCAGCCGCUUCUUCCAUCGACGGGAUGGGUCCACGGACAGGGACAGGGGAUGCGGCGAUGGCAUCAGGCGCGGCAUCAGGCGCAGCAGCUGGGCAUGCGGAGGCAGCCGGUGGCGUGCGGGCGCUGCUGGGGGCGGCGCUUGCGGACGGAACACUGCGUCUGCUGGAGGCGAGCUUGGGUGCCGGCGAGGCCGCCCCGCUCUUCCGGGAGGUUGCCAGCGUGGAGGCCUGUGCCGGCGGUGGCAUGGCACUGUCACUGGACUGGCAACUGGGGGAUCCGGCGGCGGCGGCAGACGGCGACGGCGGCGACGGCUGUGGUGGUGGCGGGGACCGAAUCGUGUGCUCUAGCUCCGCCGGCACCGUGUCCGUUGUUCAGGUGCGCCCCAGCGGCCUGGAGCUUGUGUCGGAGUGGGAGGCACACGAGCUGGAGGUGUGGUGCGCCGCCUGGCAUCGACACCAGGCACACGUGGUGUUCUCGGGCGCAGACGACUGCUACUUCAAGGCUUGGGACACGCGCGCCGAGCCCGCCGCCGCCGUCUUCAGCAACCGCCGCACGCACAGCGCGGGCGUGUGCACGAUCUCGCCGCACCCCGUUGACGCGCACCUGGUCGCCACGGGCAGCUAUGAUGAGCACGUGCGGCUGUGGGAUGUGCGUAAUCUGAGCAAGCCCGUCGUACAGACUGAGACCACCACCGGCGGCGGCAACUGGCGGCUGCGGUGGCACCCGCACGACCCGCACGUCCUGCUGGCGGCGUGCAUGUACAACGGCUUUGCCGUGCUCCGCUCCGACCCCGGGCACACGGAUCUGCAAGUGGUGGCCACCUACCAGUCGCCCAACAAGAACAUCGGCUACGGCGCGGACUGGUGGCAGGAGGUGCGAGACCGCCAGCAAGAGCGCGCGGAGCAGGAGGAGGAGGCGCGUGGUGCAGGAGCCGCGGGCUCGGAGGCACAGGGCACGGCAGGGGGUGAAGAGGCUGGGCGGGCGGCGGAGGCAGCAGGCGUGAGUGGUGGCGGCGAUGGUGGUGGCGGUGGUCAGGACGGCGGGUGUUGGCUGGCCGCCACGUGCUCCUUCUAUGACAAGGUGCACACGCUGGUGUGGCUGCCCACGCGCUAGGUGAAGCCGUGGAUGAUGCCACACGACGGGAACAACGAGGGCCUCUGGUGUUGUAGCUAGAGCAAACUCAAGCUGCGGCCGAUACCUCAACGGCAUUGCGGCUGCGCACAAGGAAGUGCCGUAGCUGGGAACCGCU